UCGCGCCUGCGCAGACUGAAAUUUUAUUUUUAUUUUUUAAAACCCUUCCUCACCUUUCCUCCCCCCACUCCUCCCCGCCCCCCAAUCUUCUUUAACGGCCGGUUUACCUAUGUCGCCCUUUUCGUAACUGGAGUCCGACGCGAGAACGGAGGGAAAUGUCGUCGGGGGUCCGCGAGGUGGUGACGCUCCAGCUGGGCCACUACGCGGGAAGCGUGGGCGCUCACUGGUGGGGCCUUCAGGAAGCGCUGUUCUCAUCCAAUUCCCCGGCUUCCGACGCGGACGAAGCAAUUCAGCACGAUGUGCUGUUCCGAACAGGGAGGACGAUGCAGGGACGCGAGACGUUUACCCCCCGUCUCAUCCUGAUGGACCUCAAAGAAAGUCUCGCCACUUUGAAACAGGAGGGAUACCUGUAUGAGGACCCCAAAAAAAACAUCCCCAUAGCUUGGAAGGGGAACCUCACGACGCACCAGCAAGACCCAGUGCCUCCCAGUCCCGUUUUGGAAGGGCUUGAACAGCCUGAGAACGACAGGUUUUCCAAUGGCGAUGGUGCCUCAAAGAGCCUCCCUGGUGGAAAGCCGCCGCAGCUUGCCAAGCCGCUUGCGACGGAGAGCCUGGCGCCCGCUUGGUCAGACUUCCUCCGUACCAAACUCCACCCGCGUACCAUCCUGACCAUCCAUGAAUACAACCGCGAGGAGGAGUCCAGCCGGCUGGAGGCCUUCGGACAAGGAGAAAAACUCCUGCAGGCCAGCCGGUACCUGGAGGAGCUGGAAGAUCGGCUGCACUUCUACGUGGAGGAGUGUGAUUACCUGCAGGUGAGUAAUCCACCCAGCAUGGGAUCUUGUCCCCCCCCCCCGUGGCUGCAAAGCAGGGAUGUCCAACCUUGGC